UGCAAAUUCAAAAGUAUAUCGAUAAUCCCCCGCCUGAAAAGCAAAGCUCGAGUGUUUUGAGCCUUGCGAGACACCGUACUUGACAACCCGGAAGCUAUGCUGCUGUCAUCUAAACAAACAUGGGCUGAUCUUGGUGAAUGUCAUGAUCGGGCGUAGUCCUCCAUAUGCAAACGCGUACAAGUAGUCAGAAAGUCACUGGGAGAGAUUGACCCCUUUUUGAACGCCGCCAUGGCUCGGGGGGAAGACGAAGAGGAGCUGACAGUCGAUGAGCCCAAGGAGGUGGACGUGUUUACAUCCGUGCGUUGCCUGGGUUACCUGUCCGGCGUCAACCUCCUCGUGGCGGUGUGCGUCGGCAUGUACGUGCGCUGGGAGGUGACGAGCGAACCAAUGAUUCUGGUCAUCUUCAUCCUCGGCCUCUUCGUCCUGGGGAUUGCCUGCAUCCUCCAUUACUACUUCGCCAUGGAGAAGGCCAGCCUCAGCUUGUUCCAUUUGUGGUUUGGCUUCUUGCUCGGCCUCCUCUGCUUCCUCAACGGCUCCAGCUUGAAUUCAAACGUCAAGGAACUGGUCGCCAACUAUCUCCUGUUGGCCAGCGCCAUCAUGAAAACAAUGUGGGCUCUAACCGAGCGAAUAUGCAGCUCCAUCCGUUACAAACCCACCAUGCUCACGUCAACUGAGCUACUUGAGCUCCUGGGAUUUGGCAUUGCCAGCACUGCCAUGCUCCUCCACAACUCGGUAGCCAUAAUAGGCUUGGUGGUGGCCCUGGGGACUCUCAUCGUGGACCUGAGGAUGAAAUCCCUCCUGGCUUUGCCGAACCUGGUCAGUUUUGCCUUGGUCACGUCUCUGGUUUUCUUCCAGGCCUUGGGCAUCACGGCCAACCCGUACGCUUUAGGCUGCUACCUGGGCAGGCUGCUGUGUGAGCCGGUGUUGGACGUGUACUUCAGCGUGCUGGGGCCCAGCGAGCGCUGGGUACCAGUGCUCUCCCUCGGGAGGGUCUGGAGGAGGCUGUCCUUGCUGCCGCUGAGUCUGACUGAGCUCGCCUUCUUCGUCCUGGCUGCCUUAAAGCUCGGCCACUUGGAGCUCUGGUAUCUGGUGAUUCCAGGCUUCUGUCUGUUUGGCCUUUUCUGGUUUAUCUGCCACACCAUUCUGCUGAUGACAAUAUGGGGCUUCCACACCAAGUUGAGUGAGUGUCAGAAGGCCUGGCAGACUCAGCGGUCCAGAAGCCGGAGUCUCAAUCAAGUCAUGGCCUCCAGGGGCAUCCGACACUUCUGCCUCAUUUCAGAGCGGCUGGUUUUCUUUACUUUGCUGUCGACGGUCAUACUGGGAGCUGUGUCCUGGCAGCCCUCCAACGGCCUCUUUCUCUGCGCUCUGCUUGUGGUGCUGCCUCUGGAGUCUCUGACCCACGGCUUGUUCCACGAGCUGGGCAGCUGCCUGGGGGGAACCUGCGUUGGCUACGCCCUGGUCAUACCCACCGCCUACUGCAGCGCCGAUGGCCAGCCCACUCUCCUUCCACCUGAGCAAGUGCAGCAGUUGAACAUGCGCUCCACGGGGAUGCUGAACAACGUGCAGCGCCUCUUCUCCCACCACAUGAUCCAGACGUUUGGCUGCGACUACUCCACCAGCGGUGUGACCCUCGAGGCCUUGCAGACCAAGCUCCGCGGCUUCCUGGAGCUUCGCACAGAAGACGGGCCCCGCCACGACACCUAUUUGGUUUUCUACAGUGGGCACACACAUAAAGGCACUGGGGCUUGGGCUCUGGCUGGAGGGGAGAGCCUCCACCUGGCCCAGUUGCUGGACUUGUGGCAGGAGAAGAACGCGGGCCACUUCUCCCGUCUCAUCCUGGUCCUGGACACGGAGAACUCCCUGCCCUGGGUGAAGGAGAUCCGCAGGGCGGAGGGCGUCUACGUGGCCGUGCAGGGGGCCGAGCUGGCCGUCCCCAGGGCGGACCCGGAGGCCGGGGACGCCCCGCUCCUCGGGGACUUCACCUCCGAGUGGGUGGAGUUCAACUGCAACCCGGACAGCGACACCCAGUGGUCGGAAAGGGGGAGGGCCGUGGCGGCGGCGUACGGCGUGUCCAAGCGCUGGAGCGACUACGCGCUCCACCUGCCCACCGGCAGCGACGUGGCCAAGCACUGGAAGACCCACUUUCCCAAGGCCACAUAUCCCAUGGUGCACCUCUCCAACUGGUGCUGUGGCCUCAACCUGUUCUGGUUGUGCAGCGUGUGCCUGCGCUGCUUCAGGAGGUGUAAGCUAGCUUGGUUCCCGCCUGCUGUGCUGGACACGGGACAGGGCAUUAAGCUGGUGCACUCUUAGAGAGUGACCGGUAUUGACAUUUGGAUUCCCGUACUUUUUUUUUUUUUUUUUUUUUGGGUACGAGGUGUUUAUUGAAAGGAAAAGCGGUACUUGUACACGCCAUGACAAGCAAACAUGCACACAGGUUUUGUCACAUAAGUACAAUAUGGCCUUCUGUCAGGACGGUUGUUAAACUCCUUCCAAAUAAAUCGUUGCAUUCAUUUGAUUUGCUAUAACGCAGAGAUGUUGUGCUGGUAAUUUAGUAUCAAGGCCCAGGCUCAAUAUUAUUUUGUUAUCCGACAUGAGGGGGGGAAGUAUGCUUUUUACGGUUAGAGAUAUCUCAAUUAUGGUCAAGGGAACUUACCCUUUUUUUCCUCUGAGUUUAUUAUCUCUUUUGUUACAAAGUGUAAUGAUUUUCAAUAUCAAAGUGUCUUCAAGACGGCUUUGGAGGGAUUCUUUUAUAUGGCAGCCUUAUUUUUUACAUGUAAAUGCCUUUUUGGGGAUUUGAAUUUAAUAGACUUAAACUGUGUGAGUGGGUAGGGACGGAUAAAGAAUGGCUGACCUCUGUGACCUUCAUGCCACAGGGCCGUCUAACCACCGAAAUCUUUGCCUCAUCACUUUCAAACCGACCAGAUAUGCGUUUAUCCUAUUGAAUCGAAGAAGGAUGCUUCGGCUUGAGGCUGUGUGUCAUCACCAGACGUUGGGCCUGUAGCGCCCCCACAUCCUGUUGGUUUCACACAAAGGAUUUCGAGUUCAAGCAGUCAGACGCAGCACAUUCAAGAACUCGUCGUUUUUCAAGUCACGCUUUGAAAAAGUGACUUGUCCAUGUAAAAGAAGCUUCCGAUGCUUUUUAUUGGUGCACUGACCUUAAAAACUCCUGGUGACUCGCCCUUCAUGUUCUAGUUAAUUUGCUGGGAUUGGAUGUCUCUCUCUCGCUCUCUCGCUCUCUCUCUCUCGCUCUCUCUCUCUCGCUCGCAUAUAACCUUAAAUGCUGGAGUGGAUUGCUGCUUUGUUGGCGUCAAGUGGCAUUUCCCCACAUGUUAAUCCCCAUCGUGCCUCACUUGAGUUAUGCCUGACAAUGUCCAAAAAAUGAAACUCAACCAAUAAAAUGCUUUAACAUUG